GGAGCCGCCCGACUGACAGCCGAGCGGCCCAACGGGGGGGAGUCGAUCGGGCGCGAUUGACAGGGGCUGGUGCCCGGCCCCGCCCCCUCGGCUCGUUGCGGCGGCCCCGCCCACCCCCCUGGCGCGGUCUCUUCACGGCGGCGGCGGCGGCGGCGUCUCCAUUUUGCCCUGCUUCUGUCGCCGCGGCCUGCAGCGCCCGACCCGCCCGCCCGCGACCCGGACCCGCCCGCGACCCCGCCGCCAUGAACGAGGAGUACGACGUGAUCGUGCUGGGCACCGGCCUCACGGAAUGCAUCCUCUCUGGCAUCAUGUCAGUGAAUGGAAAGAAGGUCCUUCACAUGGAUCGCAACUCGUACUAUGGAGGUGAAAGUGCAUCCAUAACUCCGCUGGAGGAUCUUUACAAAAGGUUUAACAUACCAGGAUCUCCACCAGAAUCAAUGGGCCGAGGAAGAGACUGGAAUGUGGACCUAAUUCCAAAAUUCCUUAUGGCUAAUGGUCAGUUGGUAAAGAUGCUGCUUUACACAGAAGUCACUCGCUACCUAGACUUCAAAGUGACUGAAGGAAGCUUUGUCUACAGGGGAGGAAAAAUCUACAAAGUUCCUUCCACUGAGUCAGAAGCCCUGGCAUCCAGUUUAAUGGGCUUGUUUGAGAAACGCCGAUUCAGGAAAUUCUUAGUGUGUGUUGCCAACUUUGAUGAAAAUGACCCCCGGACUUUUGAAGGUAUUGAUCCCAAGAAGACCACCAUGAGAGAGGUGUAUAAAAAGUUUGACCUGGGCCAAGAUGUCAUAGACUUCACAGGCCAUGCCCUUGCACUCUACAGAACUGAUGACUACCUAGAUCAGCCAUGCCAAGAAACAAUCAACAGGAUUAAACUUUACAGCGAGUCUCUGGCUAGAUAUGGUAAAAGCCCAUACCUUUAUCCCCUCUAUGGCCUUGGAGAGCUGCCCCAGGGAUUUGCAAGGCUAAGUGCUAUUUAUGGAGGCACCUACAUGCUGAACAAGCCAAUUGAAGAGAUUGUGAUAGAAAAUGGCAAAGUCAUUGGUGUGAAAUCUGAAGGAGAGGUUGCUCGCUGCAAACAACUCAUCUGUGAUCCCAGUUAUGUCCCAGAUCGUGUAACAAAAGUUGGCCUAGUGAUUCGAGUAAUCUGUAUGUUAAACCACCCAAUCAAGAACACAAAUGAUGCCAAUUCCUGCCAGAUCAUCAUUCCACAGAAUCAGGUCAACCGGAAAUCAGAUAUCUACGUUUGCAUGAUCUCUUCUGCACACAACGUGGCAGCGCAAGGGAAGUACAUAGCCAUUGUUAGCACUACUGUGGAAACAGGAGAUCCAGAGAGAGAAAUCAAACCUGCCUUAGAUCUCUUGGAGCCCAUUGAACAGAAGUUUGUUAGCAUCAGUGAUCUGUUUGCACCAACUGACUUGGGAACCGAAAGCCAGAUCUUUAUUUCUCGUACCUACGAUGCUACCACUCACUUUGAGACGACGUGUGACGACAUCAAAGAUAUUUAUAAGAGGAUGAUGGGAUCAGAGUUCGAUUUUGAAGAGAUGAAACGCAAGAAAAAUGAUAUCUAUGGGGAGCAGGAGCAGCAGUAAUGAAGUAAUGUCUAAUUAGGAGAAAUUAAAUCGGCUAAUAUGAAUAUAAGGAACUUUAAUGAACACUGUAUGAAACUCAAUAUUGUAAGGCCUGCUUUUGUAAUCACAUCUCUGAGAGACUGAAGAGUACUGCACUGGUAAAUGCUCCCCUUUUGGGUAUCAUGUGUUAAUUUCAUUCUAGCAGGGCUGCUGUCCAGAAUCUGGCUAAUUACUGACACUGAUUUAACUGUUCACUAACCUUAUAAGCAAACAGCAGACUACUGAACUUUUUUUUGCAGACCUAGACUUUGGUGCAAACUGAAAUAACUCAUUGACCGGUUACCUUUGUGUUUUUAAUCAUUUGUAAACCCAUUUCCCAAUUAUGUGCUUCUGGUGCAUCCGUGAAUUUGACAGAUGCCAUUCAGACCCGAUACCAAGAAAACGCUAAACUGAGCACUCCAUUAUUGUGGACAGCAUCCCUAAAGUCUUUCCCAUCAAUCUUAACUUUGUGGCAAGUUGUAUUAUGGACAAAGCCCACAUCUAUUGUAGCAGCAAAUGUUGGCAUAGUUUUAGGCACAGAACCUAACCCACCCUUAAGCUUCUAAAACUGUUUACAUCAGUUGGGACAACUGUGCCUAAGGUUCCUUUGUGUGUCAAUCUAAUAAAAUUGAGAGAACAAAUUACAAAGCAGGCAUGAUGUGAAAGUAUUUUCUGUACCCCAUGUGGCUUUUUGGAUGGACCAAACUGCACUGCAGUAUUGAUAUGACAGAGCCUCUGCUUCUGAUGUCUCUUGAAAAGGCUCAAAUGAUUUCUGUACUGCAAAGUAAAGCCAAAUUCUGGAAACCA